AUGAGAAGGUCCCUUGCGCUUCUGAUCAUCGUUUCUACGAGAACCGUUUUAACGUCGGCAGCUUCGAGAUCGGAUGCGUGUGGGCUAUCUGGACCUCGUGCAUCUUCAGGCCACCAGUUGCUCCAGCAUGCAACCAACCGACUAGGUGUGCAGAAUUCUCCUGCGUCGUAUGGAAGUCCUGGCUGUCCCUGCAUCGGCCUCGACCGAACAAGUGGGACAGCGACUUCCCAAGGCGAAAGCUCAGAUUCUCAGGCUUAUCCGGCCAGCGUCGGUGCGCAUUGCGAUGCCUGGGACAACAGGUCCUGCGGACAGGCGAAGUCGACGGAUCCCUUUUGCCAAGCGCAGACGCCGAUGCCCUGGUGCUUCGUGGACCCUUGCAAUUGCAAUGUGUCCUCCCGAGAACAUCCUGCAUGGCAGGGGUUGACAUGGCAGGGCCAUCCGGUGUACGCAUCGGCGGCUACCUGUGGCAGCCACAGCGCUGAAGGCAAGCCUUCGCAACCUUCACUCUGCAAAGAUCCGGGCCGAUUCCUGGAGGAGCUGAUGGGCCAUGCAAACUGCAAGUGCAUUGGAAUCGCUGGGCUCAGCGGCAACCUCUCGGUGAACUUCUCAACAGAGUCACCUUUCCCAGCAGAUCUGGGCUCCAGCUGUCAGAAGUGGGAUGAGGGGCGCCACCCAGACUGUCGAGGUGAAGAUCCGCCUGGAUGGUGCCACCGACAGUGGUGCUAUGUGGAUCCCUGUUCCUGUAGCAUUGAGGAGCCACCAAAAGUGUCAACCUACUUUCCGAAGGCGACCUAUGGCCACAAGCCCCUGUACUACUCCUAUGAGAGCUGCAACUCGUUCGACACGUUCACCUUUGACUCUCGCUCUGCCUGUGUGAAUCAGGAGUCUGAGGCAAGGUGUCUGGCACUGGGUGGCGAUCCCGAGGAUCCAGAGAUUCGGAAGUGUGCCUGGGGCGGUCCCGAGAUCAAAUGCCUGGGCAAAGAGCUUCUGCACGUUUGCCAGAUUAGCGACAAAACGUUGAGCGACUGGUCCUGGUGGUCUUUCAACCGUGGCUCAGUGGGCGACGCCAGGACGUCGAAGGUUACCGUCGGAGUGACUGCCACUCUGUACUUGCUUCUUGCCAUGCUUUUCGUGUGCGUUGUGCGAGGGCUGAUGUGA